UCAUUACAAAGUUGAAUGUUGAAAUCUCUAUUUCACACAAUGGAAUUUUAAUGUGACUUUAAUGUAUGUAUAAUCUACUUAGUAAUUGAGCUUAUCAUAAUUGUUAGCCAAAUUCCAAUAACACGUAUUUAGAAGCAAAACAAGUUAUCAAUUAUCAAACAAGACUUUGUAUUGAAACAAGAUUUUUAAUGAUCAAGAGUUGUAUAUAUAAAGACCUACGACGAUUUCUUUUUUAUACUACUAUCGAUUGACCCACGCUGUACUCCUACACCAGAAGGCAUCAAUAUGUCGAACUCCCCAUCAAAUGUCUUCGACGGCCAAGACUAUACAUUUAAGCAGUACUAUUAUCCAGUGUCAGAUGCAGAGGACAGCCUAACUUGUGUACCAGACGAGCCGGUGAAGCGAAAAUUAAACACACACUCAAAUAUCGAUGCAUUCUUUGACCAGCCAAAGAUAAAGAGGAAGAAAAACGUGUCUUCCACUGUAGGAAAAGGCUGUAAAGGGGGUGGUAUAUCAUAUAUAUCUACAAACAAAGACGAUGGUACGAAUUCGACACAUCUAAUCAAAAUAGAAAUAUUUGAUAUGAAAAAACUAUCCAAAGUUUCUGAUACAACUAAACACUGGAUGUUUGCGGAUGUGCGUGCAAAAUAUUUCGUGAUGGAAAAUGAAACAAAUAAGCACUUACAGCAAGCUAAAGAUCUCAUUUACGGAAUCACGAAGGAGAUUUCCGAAUCCGACGAGUGUAAAAAGUACCAUUUUAAUUCAAAAGUCUAAUCACUGUUGUCUAAUUGUGAAUAAAAAUAUAUAGUUUAUA